GCGUCGGCUACUCCGGGCCCUGAUUCUGGAAAGGGGCCUGUUGGGUCCCGCGCCCUGGGCGCUGUCCUUUCCCACAGGUAUCUGGUUGAAGCCAAAGUCUUCUCUCUGCGCAGUAGGUCUGGCGGUUUCCUCCCGCAGGGUGCAUCUGUAGAGGAGAGGCUUGAGAAAAAGGAGGAGGAGGACAAUGGCCUGGAUUUCUGGAGACCUGGUUUAAGGCUGCUCACUUCUGUAAAGGAGAGAGGAGGAGACUGGUUCAAAUCUCUGGAGGUUGGUGUGAAGGAGAUACUAAGAAUAUUGGGGUAGGUGUGGAUUGGCUCUGAAGGGAAGGAGAAGACCUGAGAGCAGGGACAAGGAGACAGGAAACAGACAAAUGGAAUUCUUAUGGACAGCCUCCAGGCUGCUUUAGGGUUUGACAACACUGGAAUCAAGGAAAGGAGGGGAAAAUCGCACCACAUCUGUAUAGAUUGAUCCACCUCCAUUGGCAGCUCUGGUGGUGUUGGAAUUGCUGCUGACCACCACCCUCAACAGGUCUGCACCCACCCAGGAACAUCCAUCGUCCCCCAGCUUGGUUGGGCCUCUUCUGCACUUUGUGAUACUGACCGAGGCUAGGCUUCGGAAGGAGCUUGAUUGACUGAUGGACUAGUGAUUGACUCUUAACAUUUGUUUCCAGCUCUACCACCUGAAUCACUGAAAGAUCAAAGUGUGAAGAUACAAAAUUGAGAGAUCUGUGGUAGAGGCUGAGACUGGGGUGGGGUUACUUAACUGGGCUUCCUCUGUAACUUGUACCAUGACUGGGGCUGAGAUUGAACCUGCUGCCCAGGCAAAGCCUGAGAAGAAGGCUGGAGAAGAGGUUGGGGGUGGGGCUGAAAAAGAGAAUGAAAUCCUGUUGGUGGUCAGACCCAAGGUUAGGACCCAGGCACAGGUAAUGCCUGGGGCAAGGCCUAAAUCUGAUGCCAUGGUAGUAGGUGGUACAAGGCCCAAAGCUGAACCCAUGGCAGUAGGUGUGGUGCAUCCUAAGAAUGAGGCCAAAGCAAUCCCUGGGUCAAGGCCCACAGAUAAAGCCCAUUCAUGGGCCCAGACUGAGUUUGAUGGUAAAACAAUGUUGAAGACAGAGGGAGUGUCCCAGACCAAUACCAUAGCCUGGCCACUGGUUAGUACUGAGUCUGGGUCAGCUGCUAAAUCUAAGAUCUUAUCUAUGGAUAGGGAACUGAUCAGUCAGGACACUGAGGCCUUUUCUGGCACCAGGGUCAAAUUCCAAUCAGGAAAACAGCCUUUGUUUGGGUCAGAGGAGAAGACCAAUGUGGGGUCCUGGUGGUGCCCCAGGCCUACGUCCAAACAAGAGAUCCCUCAGAAGUGUGAUUUCAGAUGGGUGGACAGAUCCUCUCUGAGUUCCUGGUUCUGGAGUGGAGAAGAGGUCAGUACAAAGUUUCAUCCUAGAGGCAGGGUAAAGGCCAGUGCCAGAUCCAGGCACAUAGCCAGAGAAGAGGCCAUGUCUAGGCCCAACAUCAAUCGGGAGUUUUACAUUUUGUCUAGUUCUGGCUCUGAGGAUGAAUCUAUUAAGACAUCCUGGCUCUGGGCCAGAGAAAAGACUAAUAUCUGGUCCAGGCCCAAGGAAGAGACCAAUAACAGGUCCAGGUUUAGGUCCAAGAAAGAAGUUUCUGAGUCCAGUUCUGGAUCUGAAUGUGAAGGCAAUGUGAAGUCCUGGUUCUGGGCUAGAGAGGAGGCCAAAUCCAGGUCCAAACCCAGAGCCAGGAAGGGGGCCAAUGUCAGUGCCAGGCACAGGGCCAAGCAAGAAGCUUCCAUUGAUUUUGUGUCUGGAUCUAUAGAUGUAGUCAAAAAAGAGUCCUGGUUCUGGCCUGGAGAAAAGGCUAAUAACUUGCCAAGGCCCAAGUCCAAGAAAGAGGCCAGGACCAGAAUAAUGGCAAAGGAAAAAGUGAAAACUAAGGCCAGAGUCAGGGCCAAGCAAGGAGCCAAGUCCGAGGAGGAGUUUCUCAUUGGGAACUGGUUCUGGGCUACAGAAGAGUCCAGUGUAGUUGGUGGGGCCAGUGUCAAGUACAGUUCUCAAGUGGAGGAUGAGUCCAUUGUUGGCAGUUGGUUCUGGACUGAAGAAGAAGCCAGUAUGAGGACUGAUGCCAGCAGUAAAUCCAGACCAAGGACUGAGGAAGAGUCUAUUGGUAAUUCCGUGCUUGGGUCUGGGGAAAAGACCAGUAUGGAAACUGGGGCUGAAGCUACCUCUAAAUCUAUGGUAGCAUAUGAUAAAGAAAAGGUCAUUGCUGGUUCCUGCUUCUGGGCUAGUGAAGAAACCAGCCUAGAGGCUGAGGAAGAGACCAUUUUUGGGCCCUGGUUUUGGGUCUGUGAUGAGGCCAGUGCAGAAGCUGAUGUUAGAGCCAGCUGUGCAUCGAGGCCAAGGUCUGAGGAAGAAGAGGUCAUUGGUCCCUGGUUCUGGGAUAGAAAAGAGGUCAAUACAGAGGAUGAGUUUGGAGAAGACACCAGUCCAGAAGAUGAAGAAGAGACAAUAUUCGGGUCCUGGUUUUGGGCUGGAAACCAGGCCCAGAAUGAUUCUGGGGUUAAAGUCAGCUGUGACACCAUGCCAGGAGCUGAGGAGGAGCCCAUUUUUGGGUCAUGGUUCUGGGAUGGAGUAGAAGCUUGUGUGGGGACUGAGGUCAGCAACAAGUCUAGCCUGAAGGACAAGGAAGAGGUUAUUCUAUCAUCUUGGUUUGGGACCACAGAAGAAGUCAGUAUGAAGUAUGGAGCUGGUGCCAGAUGCAAAUUUAUGACAGGGGAUGAUGAGAUCAAUAAUGAUUCUUGCUUCUGGGAUGAAGACAAUCCCUGCAUGUAUACUGCCAAUGGAGGCAGCUGGAAGUCUAGGCCAGAGGAGGAACAGGACACUGUUGAGUCGUCAUUCUGGUCCAGAAAGUAUGCAAGCCCAGAGACCAUUAUAGGGCCCUGGUUAUGGGCUACAGAAGAGGUCAGUAUAGAUGAUGGGACUGGAGAAGAGGCCAAGCCGCUGGUGGAGGAGGAGACCAUGAUCACAUCCUGGUUCUGGAAAGAUGAAACCAUUAGGGAGGCUACAGACAGAGAGGAAUCCAGGCCAGAUGCUGAGGAAGAGGACAUUCUUGGUUCUUGGUUCUGGACUGGAGAAGAGGACAGGCUCAAGACAGCAGCUGAGGCUAGAGAAGAGGACAGGCUGGCAGCCGAGGAGGAAGCUAUUGUUGGGGCUUGGUUCUGGGCCAGGGAAGAGAUCAUUAGGAAGGAGGCUGGCUUUUACAACAAAUCCAGUCCAGAGGCUGAAGAGGAGGAAGCCACUGUUGGGUCUUGGUUCUGGGCAGAAGAAGAGGCCAGCUUGGAGGCAGGAGCCAGUUUCGAGUCCAUGCCAGUGACUGAGGAAGAGGAAAUCAUUGUUGGGUCCUGGUUUUGGGCUGAAGAAGAAUACAGCAUAGAGACUGGGCCUCAGGCAGUAGAAGAGAGCAGAUCAAGCACAGAAGAAGAAAUCAUUUUUGGAUCCUGGUUCUGUGCUGCAAAAGAAGUCAGUGUAGAAGCAGAGAAAAGCUGUGCAUCCAAGCCAGAGGAUGAUGAAGAGAUCAUUGUUGAGCCCUGGUUCUGGUCUGGGGAGAAGGACAUGAAUGAGACUGGAACUGUUGUUACCUGUGAGUCCAGGCCAGAAAGUGAGGAAGGGACAGUUGUUGGGCCCUGGUUUGGUGCUAAAGAUGAGGCCAAUAACGGGACUGGGUAUGGGACCAACUGUGAGACCAGGACAGUAGCUGAGGAGGAUGAGGCCAUAGUGGGGUCCUGGUUCUGGGCAGGAGAUGAGGCCCAUUUUGAAUCCAGUCCUAGACCUGUGUUCAGGGCCAUUCGCGGGUCUGAGUGCUCAUUUGAGCAGGAGCCUGAUGCCUCACGCAGGCCCCAGAGCUGGGAAGAGGUCACUAUUCAAUUCAAGCCUGGUCCAUGGGGUAGGGUUGGCUUCCCAUCUCCAAUCCCCUUUAGAUUUCCAAAAGAGGCAGCAUCUCUGUUCUCUGAAAUGUUUGGAGGAAAGCCCAAGCACAUGGACCUUAACUCAGAAGGGGAAGAGCAGGAAUCUUUGUUUCAGCCUGAUCAGCCUGAACCUGAGUUCCCAUUUCAGUAUGAUCCAUCCUACAGGUCAGUCAGGGAAAUUCGGGAGCAUCUUAGAACCCGAGAGAGUGCAGAGCCUGAGAGUUGGUCCUGCAGCUGCAUACAAUGUGAGCUUAAAAUUGGUUCUGAAGAGUUUGAAGAACUCCUUUUAUUAAUGGACAAAAUCCGAGAUCCUUUUAUUCAUGAAAUAUCUAAAAUUGCAAUGGGUAUGAGAAGUGCUUCUCAAUUUACCCGAGAUUUCAUUCGGGAUUCAGGUGUUGUCUCACUUAUUGAAACCUUGCUCAAUUAUCCUUCCUCCCGGGUUAGGACAAGUUUUUUGGAAAAUAUGAUUCUCCUGGCUCCACCUUAUCCAAAUCUAAACAUGAUUCAGACAUAUGUAUGUCAAGUGUGUGAAGAAACCCUUGCUUACAGCUUAGAUUCCCCUGAACAGCUAUCUGGAAUAAGGAUGGUUAGACAUCUCACUACAACUACUGACUACCACACACUGGUUGCCAAGUAUAUGUCUGGAUUUCUCUCCUUGUUAGCCAUGGGCAAUACCAAAACAAGGUUUCAUGUUCUGAAAAUGCUAAUGAAUUUGUCUGAAAAUCCUGUCAUGACAAAAGAACUACUCAGUGCUGAAGCAGUGUCAGAAUUUAUGAGCCUUUUUAGCAGGAAAGAGACAAAUGACAAUAUUCAAGUUGUUCUAGCAAUUUUUGAGAAUAUUGGUAACAAUAUAAAAAAGGAGUCAGUGUUGUUCACUGAUGAUGAUUUCAGUCUUGAGUCACUUAUUUCUGCAUUCCAUGAAGUUGAGGAAUUUGCUAAGGAACUGCAAGGCAAAACAGAUGGUCAAAAGGACCCUGAGGCAGACCGAGAAAAUUAGUAUGAUUAAUAACUUGCCUUUGUCCUUAUGUUCCUAAGUUAACAAUUCCUUGAAUAAUGUUUUGAAUUACAUAGUUGAUUCUGUGUUGUAAUGUGUAUCUUUAUUGCCAACACUGACUUUGCCCAACUGUGUAUGAGCUGAUUCUUCUGAUGCCAAAUGAAUAUUAGAACUGAAAGCACAUUUGUUGAUAUUUGUGUUUUUGUCCAGAUUGUGACACUUAGUAUUUAAGUUAAAGUGAACUGAACCAUCAAAAGUAAGCCAGCUACCCUUCUGAUUGUUGUUCUAGUGUACUGAGGUCUA